AUGACUGAUGAUACUACUCUACAACCCCAGCUAGCAGAUCUUUCAUUGGUUUCUUCAAAUGACGAUGAAUAUUGGUCCAAACUGGAAAAGCUGGUGGUUCAGGCUCUUGUUCCUGAAAAUAAGACUAUAGAAUCUCGACCAUUUGAACGUGAAGAUUUUUCUUCAAUUCCUGAUGCAGCUAAACAAACAUUCAAGAUUUUACAAUCAGCUUUAUCAUCUGCCUCAGAAAAAUAUCAGAAAGAUGAUGUUGCUGAUAAAUCCAACCCAAGAUUCAAGGAUGUUGGAGUCAACUUGAAGUGGUCUUACUUUGACGAAAUUUUAAAUAUAACUUUGCCAAUGAUGGAAUACGAACAAGAUAUGCAGAGGCGAUACUCUUACAUCAGAAGUUUACAUAUUAUUUUAGAAUAUGGUAAUCUGGCACUUGGUCGCUGGUCUCAAAAAAUAUUACAAAUUAUUGAAGAUUAUGCGAAAGUUCCCAUGACGGAAUUGGACGCUAUAAUGUCUGACAAUAACUUGGCUAUUGGUGAAUCUAAAAUUGCUCUGAAGAUGCUGAAAGAACUUCUUCCAGAAGAAGAAAAAUUAGUAGAUAUCGAAUGCAUCAAAGCUAAACGGCGCAAAGUUUGA